AUGCAGGACAUGCCUGGCCGGGCAAGGGGGCUCAGCCUCAGCGAGUGCGCGGCCGAGAAUGAAAAUGCUCUGUGCCCAAGACUAAGGAACGUCAAGGUGGAAGAUCUUUGGAGCCUGACCAACUUUUUUGGUUUUGCAACUGAAACGUUUGUUUUGGCUGUUAACAUUCUGGACAGAUUCUUGGCUCUUAUGAAGGUGAAACCAAAGCAUUUAUCUUGCAUUGGAGUCUGCUGUUUCCAACUGGCUGCCCGAGUAGUUGAAGAAGAAUGCAAUAUUCCAUCUGCUCAUGAGAUCAUCCGGAUCAGCCAAUGUAAAUGCACUGUGUCCGACCUGAAACGGAUGGAAAAGAUAAUUUCAGAGAAGUUGCACUUUGAAUUUAAAGCUACUACUGCCUUAACCUUCUUGCACUUGUACCAUGCUAUUGUACUCUGUCAUACCUCAGAAAGGAAAGAAGUAUUGAAUCUUGACAAAUUGGAAGCACAGUUAAAAGCUUGCAACUGUCGUCUAGUCUUUUCUAAAGCAAAACCAUCUGUCUUGGCCUUGUGCCUUCUCACUCUCGAAGUUCAGACUUUGAAAUCUGUUGAGCUGUUUGAGAUCCUUCUGCGUGUUCAAAAGCAUUCAAAGAUAAGUGAUAGUGACCUACUUUACUGGAGGGAACUGGUCUCGAAAUGCCUAGCAGAUUAUUCUUCUCCUGAAUGUUGCAAGCCAGAUCAUAAAAAGCUAGUUUGGAUCGUUUCAAGACGUACGGCUCAGAAUCUACAAAACAGUUACUACAGUGUUCCUGAGUUGCCAACGAUACCGGAGGGUGGAUGUUUCAAUGAAAGCGAGAGUGAAGACUCCUGUGAAGAUAUGAGCAGCGGAGAAGAAAGCCUUAGCAGUUCUCCUCCUAGUGAUCUGGAAGGCGCCUUCUUCUUUGACCUCAAACCUAAAACAAAGUGGCAAACUCCUAACUCUCAGUCUUAGCAUUAACACCUGAUGGUUCUAGGUUAGGAAUUUUAAUGCACCAUAGUGUUUUGGCAAUAAUAAUUGAAGGGGUAGUACUCUAUAUGCUGUCUGUAUUAAGGCAAGAGUUGCCAUGGUAUACCCAAAUGCUUAGGAUGCCUGCCUUGUAGUGUUGUUCUAAUUUUUUUAAAGAGAAACUUCUCUUCAGGUCCUAGUUCAGCAAAAAGCUUCGUGUGUGGUUCUGCUGUCAACAAGGACAAAUGUUGCAGAGUCCUGCACCGUUAUAGUUCUGUUAAUAAGGUCAAAUGCAGUUGUGCACCUGAGGUUCCUCAUGCUCACAGCUAAACAGAAGUCAGCAGUGUGUCUUGGUAGCAGUGAAGGCUGACAGCGUACUGGGCUGUAUUAACAAGAGCAUAGCCAGUAGAUUGAGGAAAAGUAGGGUUUUUCCCCUUUUCCCUGGCGUUUGUUAGAUCUCACCCAGAAUAGUGUCCACUUUUGGGCCCCUACUGUAUACAAAUGACCUUGAUAAACUUGAGCGAGUCCAAGAGGGAGCUGUCAAGGGGUUUGGGGCACGCGGCCUGUGAGGAGAGCCCUGAGGGACGUGGGCUUGUUCAGCCUGACAAAGAAAGGGAUUUGGGUGGGGGUGAUGGCAGGGGAAUUGAAUAGCAGCUGUUGAGUCUCUAGGAGAAGGUUAUUCAGAAGAUGGAUCCAGGCUUUUGAGAGGUGAAUGGUGCAAAUAUGGGAGACAGUGCUCAUAAACUUCACUUGGAACUUCCCAUUUCAAGGAAGAAAUUCUUGGUGGGGACAGCCGAGUAUAGGAACAGGGGCCCAGAAGGGCUGUGCAGUCUCUCUCCUGGGAGGUUGUCAACGCUUGAUGUGACAAAACCCUGCACAAGCUGGUCUGAACUCAGUGUUGACCCUGCUCUGAGCAGGAGGUUGGACUAGAGACCUCCUGAGGACCCCUCCACCCUGAAGCUUUUUGUGAUGGUCUUGAAAUGGGUGAGUGGGUUGUGUGGGAAUGAUGGGCAUACACAAAAGUACCAUGCUGAAGUGAUGCUUUACUGCCAAAUGGGCCUGCCUUUAAUACUGAAACUGAUUUUACACUUUGUAUCUGCUGUGCUGCUUUUGGGAAGGAAUGUCUUAGCUGAUCUUGCUUGUUUUGUACUCCAAGGGCAUUUUUAAAAGCUUAUUUUUUCAUAAACUUCAGGAAUCCCUGUUUUAAAGCAGGAAUAUACCUGGUAAGAGUGUAGUUCUGGUAAGAAUGGAGUUUUUCCUGUUUUCUAUAUUAGUCUAUUCCUAACAAGGAUGGUGUCAAGUGUGGGACAGGGUUUACUUUCAUAUUUACUUCGAACUAAUGCAAACUAGCUUACACUGAAAUUUGCAUUGUAUACUUCAGUGUGUUUAAACUUAGCGUUACAUGUCAAUCCAUACUAUUAGAAUAGACUUAUUAACCUGAUAAAUUUUGGUAAGUCUACAUUCCUUUUGAAUGUUUAACCCUUGUAGUUGAUUUCAGUAUCUUCAUAUUAUUGAUUGAGUCAUAAUCAGACUUGUUUGCAUGCUUAUGUAAAGCAGUUAGUGCAGGAAAAGUUGAUAUUAUGCAGUAAUACCAGGUAAAUGUGAUGUUGAUGAAGUAGCUGAUGUAAUGUUUUUCUGAACUUUUUAUUGAAGCACACAAACUUUAGUAUGAUUGCAUUUCUCCAUAUUGAGAAUAUGGAUAGGUAGCAAGUGAAGAAAUUCACUCAGAAUAACGGUGUGUAGUGUGGUGGUGCCAAAGUAGAAAUGAAGGGGCAAACAAGUUAACGGUUGUUUUGUAGAGCUAAGCAUUGUUUAGAAUGAGUGGUGCCAUAACUGUUCAUAACUGUUAGAUGCUUUCAGUUUUAUAGAAAUACAAAAAGUUUACAAAAAUGUAUAUAAAAAUGUAAAUUAAAAAAUGUACAGAAAAAAAUUUAAAACAAAAAAUGAGCAGAAAAUACUGUAUUUUUUUACAUUGUAUGUAACUUUUUGUAGGUAUGUUGCAUGUAGAUAUUAAUUUAUUGUGUACUCUCUAUGAUAAUGCUGUCUACUUGAAGACUUCUUACUGCAAGUCUCUGCACCUGGAAGCUCACUUCUGAGACAGAGUACCUUUGUUAGAGGUAAUGAACCUACUGAGUUUCGUUUCAGUUGUGAAUGACAAUAAACCAAUUGCUGUAUUUGUUAA